GGUUUAUGCAUCCAUGUAUCGAGGGGACAGUGUUGGUGUGCUCGCCAGGAUGACCCGGAUGGGAUGUGUGGUGAGGAGAACAUACACAGUUCCUUACCCUAAGUACAUGGUGCACAUUGACACCAACCACAAGCUCAUCAGGUACAACUUUGUUAUCUUUGGGGGAAUAGAUGGCUAUUCAAGGAAGAGUGAGAGGAGAUCAUGGUGGAGAAAAUGUGGGAGUAGCACAAUUAAUGUUCUCAGUUCGUGGAACUGACAGUAACAGCUUCAUUGCAGGGAAAAGCGUACACAAUCAACGAAUUGAACGCCUCUGGCGUGAUGUGUUCAUGAGUGUUACGGGUGUCUUUUACAACACCCUGCACUCUCUUGAGGAACAACACCUGCUUGACAUCAGUAAUGUCCUGCACAUCUUCUGCUGCCACUACGUUUUCUUGCCACGCAUCCAAGCCAACCUGGAUGUGUUCAGUGAGGCCUGGGCCAACCAUCCCACCAGGACAGAGCAACAUCUGACACCCAAUCAGUUGUGGCAGGUGGGCCAGCACCUGAAUCCUGUUGCAGAUCCAGAGCCUGAGGGUUUACUCAUACCAGAGAUUCAAUCGGAAGAGAGUGGAUACACAAAUGAGCAUCAUACCGGGGUCAAUGUCCCUACGCUGAACUUCCCUCUCUCAGACCUUGAAAUGAUGCAACUGCAAGACAACAUUGAUCCAUUGGAAGAAUCUGAAUGUUUCGGAGUGGACAUAUAUCUCAAUACUGUCCAAUACAUUAAGAACUUAAUUGAGCACCGAUAG